UCUUCAAACCAACCGCCAAAAUGACCAAGAGAACCAAGAAGGUCGGCAUCACCGGAAAGUACGGUACCCGCUAUGGUGCUUCCCUCAGNAAAGCAGGUGCGUCUCGACCAGGAUCCAUGAAUGCGACAGCCGAGAGCAAUGUCAAGAAGAUGGAAGUGACCCAGCAUGCCCGCUACACUUGCACCUUCUGCGGCAAGGUUACUGUCAAGAGACACUCGGUCGGCAUCUGGGACUGCAAGUCUUGCAAGAAGACUGUUGCCGGUGGCGCUUACACCGUCUCCACUCCCGCCGCCGCUGCCACCCGCUCGACCAUCCGUCGUCUGCGCGAGAUUGCUGAGGUU